CGGCGGGACUUUGUGCGGCGGCGCUUUCCGUUCCCCGGGCUCGGCCGGGCCGCGGCGGCGGUCCGUGUGCCCGCGGCUCUCCGUGCCUGCCCGCGGUCUCCAUGCAGUCUCGGGUGCUGUGCCUGGGCGGCGGGCCCGGGGGUCCCGCUGCGCGCAGAGUCCGCCUGCUCCUACGGCAGGUGCUGGGCGGCGGCGCGGCCGCGGCGCGGUGCAGCCGCCCCGAGGUCAGGGCGCUGCAUAGCUCAGGUGAUACUGUCACUAUUGGAGAUGUGUCUUUUAAACUCAAAACACCGAAGAACCCAGAACUUGUUCCACAGAACUACAUGACAGAUUCUCUGGCCCAGUCUGUAGUCCACCAUUUAAGAUGGAUAAUGCAGAAAGAUCUUCUUGGCCAAGAUGUCUUUCUUAUUGGGCCCCCUGGGCCUCUCCGGCGAUCUAUUGCCAUGCAGUAUCUGGAGCUAACAAAGCGGGAGGUUGAAUAUAUUGCACUGUCGAGGGACACCACAGAAACUGACCUCAAACAACGACGGGAGAUCCGAGAUGGUAGUGCUUUUUAUCUUGAUCAGUGUGCGGUUCGUGCAGCUACUGAAGGCAGAAUUCUUGUUCUGGAAGGCUUGGAGAAGGCUGAGCGGAACGUCCUGCCAGUGUUAAACAAUUUGCUGGAGAAUAGGGAAAUGCAGCUUGAAGAUGGUCGUUUUCUCAUGUCUGCAGAGCGUUAUGACAAACUUUUGCAGGAUCAUACAAAAUCAGAAUUAGAUGCAUGGAAGAUUGUUCGGGUCAGUGAAGAUUUUCGAGUGAUAGCACUGGGCCUGCCAGUACCUAAAUACUCUGGUAACCCUUUGGAUCCACCUCUUCGCUCUCGAUUUCAAGCUAGAGAUGUUUAUCAUCUGCCCUUUAAGGACCAUCUUCAGCUAUUAUAUUCAAUUGGAUCAAACAUUUCCACAGAGAGAAUUUCUCAGCUCCUGUCUUUUGCUACAACUCUCUGCUCUCAAGAAUCUUCUACACUGGGACUUCCAGAUUUUCCUUUAGACAGCUUAUCGGCUGCCGUUCAGAUUUUGGAUUCCUUUCCUAUGAUGUCAGUCCAGCAUGUUAUUGACCGGCUUUACCCCUAUAAUAUUUUCCUUGGAAAAGAAGGCAGGACUGCAGUCAAAGACAUGUUAAAACGUUUUGAGCUUCAAGAUUCAGAAAACCACUUGAUUCCCAGAAAGAUUACUAAAGUAGAAAGUGUACAUGGAAACAAACCCUUCAAAGCUGAUGUAACUGUCCAAAUUGGUGAAAAAGAAGUGACAUUCCAGGUUCCAGCUGGAACUGGACUGUUAAAAAAUCAUCCUCGAUCAGAUACUUUCAUAAGGACUUCCAGCCAUAAUCAACUGUUGGCAGAAAUGAUGCAAUCCCAUAUGGUUAAAGAUAUGUGCUUAAUUGGAGGAAAAGGCUGUGGCAAAACUGUUAUUGCUAAGGAGUUUGCUGAUAUACUGGGAUAUAGCAUAGAACCUAUCAUGCUUUACCAGGAUAUGACGGCUAGAGACUUGCUACAGCAAAGGUAUACUCUUCCUAAUGGAGACACUGCUUGGAGACCCUCGCCACUUGUUACUGCAGCUCUGGAAGGAAAGCUUGUUAUUCUUGAUGGCAUUCAUCGAAUUAACCCUGGCACUCUAGCUGUACUUCAAAGACUAGUACAUGACAGAGAACUGACUCUGUAUGACGGCACCAGAUUGUUAAGGAAAGAUAGAUAUCAAAACUUAAAAGAAGAAUUGCAGCUCUCUGAUGAAAAACUGCGCGAAAGGUCUAUCUUUCCUAUCCAUCCUUCUUUCAGAAUAGUGGUCUUAGCAGAACCUCCUGUCAUUGGAAGUAGUACCCAGCAAUGGCUGGGUCCAGAGUUUUUGACACUGUUUCUUUUUCAUAAUGUUCGGUCUUUAAGCAAGAGUGAAGAAAUUGAAGUUAUUAAAAAAAUGAUUCCAAAUGUGCCCAGUGUUGCUGUGGAGCAGUUGUUGUCAUUAACGCACAAGCUUCGAGAGACAAAUGAUGCCACAGCACAGUCACUGGCUUCAUUUUUAUCUACUCGACAACUAUUGCGAAUUUGUCGUCGACUGUCACAACAUCCAGAUGAAAGCCUUUAUGAUGCUGUUAAUAAAACCUGCCUUUCCAGGUUUCUGCCAAAUCUCGCUAGAUCAGCUUUACAUAAAAAUCUUCAGGACUCUGGUAUUGAAAUGAGUCCAGAUAACACAAAGAAACUGGAGGAAAAGGAUUACACAUGUGAAAUAAACAAUGGGAUUCUGAAGAUAGGGGCUGUGACAAUGCCAAUUUAUAACUCAGCUGAGAAAAUGAAAGUGCCUGAUGUUUUGUUUUAUGAAAACGCACAGCACAUGAUGGUAAUGGAAGAUAUGCUCAAGGACUUUCUGCUGGGAGAACAUCUUCUUUUAGUUGGCAACCAGGGUGUUGGGAAAAACAAGGUUGUUGACAGAUUCCUUCACCUUCUAAACAGGCCCAGAGAGUAUUUACAGCUGCAUAGGGAUACCACUGUACAAAGCCUUACCCUACAACCUUCUGUUAAAGAUGGUCUUAUUGUAUAUGAAGAUUCACCACUGGUAAAAGCAGUGAAGUUUGGACAUAUUUUGGUGAUCGAUGAGGCAGACAAAGCACCAACAAAUGUUACCUGUAUCUUAAAAACUUUAGUAGAAAGUGGGGAAAUGGUUUUGUCGGAUGGAAGGCGCAUUGUUGCCAAUCAUGCUCAUGUAGAGGGGAGAGAAAAUGUAAUAGUUAUUCAUCCUGAUUUUAGAAUGAUAGUUCUGGCAAAUAGGCCUGGAUUUCCUUUCUUGGGUAAUGACUUUUUUGGCACAUUAGGGGACAUUUUUAGUUGCCAUGCUGUUGAUAAUCCCAAACCACAGUCUGAAAUGGCUAUGCUAAGACAAUAUGGUCCUGAUGUUCCAGAGCCAAUUCUUCAGAAACUGGUAGCUGCUUUUGGAGAGCUCAGGAGCUUAGCUGACCAAGGCAUUAUUAACUAUCCCUAUUCAACUAGAGAAGUUGUGAAUAUUGUAAAACAUUUACAGAAAUUUCCAUCUGAAGGACUCGCAAAUGUUGUUCGAAACGUGUUUGACUUUGACUCCUACAACAAUGAAAUGUGUGAAAUUUUGUACAACACUUUGCACAAGUAUGGAAUACCUAUUGGAGCAAAACCGACCAAUGUACAGCUGGCCAAGGAACUGCCAUUACCAGAUCAUAAAUUUAUGGGCUACUGGAAAGUUGAUCAGCCAGGAAAUGCACAACAGAAGCUGCUGUGUCCAUCAGAAACUCAAAAAAUAGAUGUAAAGGGCCCUGUGUACUUAAAUAUUCAAGGCUUUCCAGUGGAACGACAUGAAGCCAGGUCCCUCAAUUUCACUGAAGAACUUGCUUUUUGGACACUGCCUUUAGAUGAAAUUAACAUAGUUUGUGAUGUCACUGUAACCAAAGAAGAGGAACCUGAAAACGUUCUUUAUGUUACUACCUGCAAUCCUGUUACUUUGUACUUCAUGAAUGUUUCUAGUAAGAGUGGAUACUUUGUGAAUCUUUAUGACCUCUUCCCAAGAACAGUUGGAAGUGUCUGGCAACCUUUUGUGACUGUGGCUCCUCUGGGAAAUCCACUCAAAGGUCAAGUGGUUCUACAUGAAGAGGAGAGCAAUGUUAUAUUGUUGCUGGAUACAAGCAGUGGUGCCCUUCGCCGACUUUUGCUCUUACCAGAUGCUCAAGAGUCUCCUAAAAGAACAUCAUGGUGGCGCAACAAAGAAGAGAUGAGCAACUACAAAAUGUGCCGAGAGUUUUCACACAAAAACUGGCUGGUAUUCUACAAAGAAGCAGGAAACCACCUUAUUGUGCUGGAUGUAUUGGAGGGUCAAACUCAUACCAUCUCCCUUCCGAUCAGUCUGAAAUCUGUUUUCCUGGCAGCUGAAGACCGCUGGCUCUUGGUGGAAAAUGAAACAAAUAAGAAAUUUCUUUUAACCAAGCGUGCCCAUAUGGAAGCUCAAGACAGUGAGGUUUGCCAGCUGUAUGCAUUGAGUGAAGAGCCAGCUGAAAUGGGAUUUGGCCUAACAACAGCGUCAGAACUGUGUGUGCCACAUGCAGUUUCAAGUGACCAGCUAUCUUCAGAAAACCUCAGUGCAGCUGUGGGACAAAAGAUCAGCUCCCCCAACAGGAUCUUCUCGGAUGAACAGAAUUAUGCUACUAUUGUUAUUGGUUUCCCAGACCUCUUGUCUCCCAGUGAAGUGUAUAGCUGGAAAAGAAACUCCUCUCUGAGUCAAAAAUGUGCUUCUCCUUCUGAUCCAUUUUAUUAUGGAACCCAGAGGAAAACAGGAGCUGCAAAACAAACCAAUUGUGUAACUUUAUUGGCUUCUAAUCAGAUAGUCAGAAUUUUAGCACCUGGAGACGUGCCUUUGAAAGACAUUUACCCAAAAGAUGUCACUCCUCCACAAGCUGCUGGAUACUUGGAAGUAACAGAUCUUAACUCAAAGAAAAUCAAAUACAUUGCAAUUCCUAGAUCACAGUCUCUCUCUCCAUAUACAUCAUGGCUCUCUAAGAUCUCAGAUGCCGAUGCCCUUUUGGCACCACUGGGCAAAGUAGGUUUGGUUACUGUGGACAUGGGAGGAGGUGUGAGGCUGUGGGAGACUGGGCUGGAAAGCCUCCAGCGGUCACUGCAGGACUGGAGGAACAUGAUUGGCCAAGAAGACGGUCGUCCUGUGCAGAUAACCAUUCAGAGGGAAAGUGGUUUGGAUGUCAGUUCCCCUAAACAUGGAAAAGUGGAUCCAGACAACAUGCCACAUGUUGGUGGAAAUAUGUGGGCUGGUGGAACAGGUGGGAGAGACACUGCUGGGUUAGGUGGCAAAGGUGGGCCAUAUCGACUGGAUGCAGGCCACAGGGUUUAUCAAGUAUCUCAGGCUGAAAAAGAUGCUGUUCCUGAAGAGGUUAAGAGGGCUGCUCGAGAGAUGGGUGAAAAGGCCUUUAAACAGAGAUUGAAAGAGAUUCAGAUGAGUGAAUAUGAUGCAUCAACUUACGAAAGGUUCUCCGGAGCAGUUCGACGCCAAGUUCAGUCACUCCGCAUCAUCUUAGAUAAUCUGCAGGCCAAGGGUAAGGAAAGACAAUGGCUGAGACACCAAGCUGUUGGAGAGCUAGAUGAUGCCAAAAUCAUUGAUGGGCUGACAGGAGAAAAAGCCAUAUAUAAACGACGGGGAGAACUUGAGCCACAACCUGGGAGCCCUCAGCAAAAACCCAAACGCCUGCGCCUGGUGGUGGAUGUUUCUGGCAGCAUGUACCGCUUCAAUGGGGUGGAUGGGCGGCUGGAACGCUCCAUGGAGGCUGUCUGCAUGGUCAUGGAAGCUUUUGAGAAUUAUGAGCACAAAUUCAAGUAUGAUAUUGUUGGACAUUCAGGAGACGGCUUCAACAUCGCAUUGGUUGCGAGUGACAAAGUUCCCAAGAACAAUAAGCAAAGAUUAGAGAUUCUUAAGACUAUGCAUGCCCAUGCUCAGUUCUGCAUGAGUGGAGACCACACCUUGGAAGGGACAGAGCAUGCCGUUCGUGAAAUUGCCAAGGAAGAGGCUGAUGAGUAUUUCGUUAUCGUCUUAAGUGAUGCAAAUCUUGAACGAUACGGUAUUCAGCCUUCGAGGUUUGCCCAGGUCUUGACCACCAAUACUCAAGUCAAUGCUUUCGCCAUAUUUAUAGGAUCCUUGGGAGACCAGGCAGACAGGCUGCAGAGGACGCUACCAGCAGGUCGGUCUUUUAUUGCCAUGGAUACCAAAGAGAUCCCCCAGAUUUUGCAGCAGAUCUUCACAUCUACCAUGUUAUCAAGUGCCUAAGCAUCACUGAUGUCACGGUGUGUGAAUUUAAAGAAGAAACCCACUCCUGCUGCAGAUAUAAACACUAAAGCUGAGGAUAAACACAUUUCUUAAUAAAAUACAUACUGUUCUCUAAUCAGCAAAGCAGCCCAAAUCUACACAACAGCCAGGCUGUAAAUUUUCACCCAAAAUCUCUCAACUGACUUAGCACAUUCAAAGAAAUGCAGCGGGGCAGAGGAUGGCAACAGAACAAAUGUUCUUCCGGAGGGACAAACAAAUAAAGGACAGUUUGUGAUCAUUCCUCUGCAUGCCAUGUUGCCAGCAUUACAGUGUCAUCUCACCCUAUCUUAUUAAAUACGGUUCACUGGGAUUUGGUAAUAUUAUGCAAGGCAGAGCCAGGCAAUCUGUUUCAGUGUUUUGCGCGCAUAUGUUUGAAUGGGUGGUUAACUCCAUCUCCCAUUUAAACGGGACUGCUCUUGUCAGGCAGGAAACCCUUCCUUCCUCUGCUGUUGCUUUCUUGUCUUGAGGGGCAUCGGGGCUUCACCCCGAUGCUGAGAACAAUGGAGCAGUUUGGAAACAAUGACCAUCAGAUGUAAACAUUCAUUAUCUGAUCAGGCAGAGUUGUCAGAUCUAGAGAAAGUGCCUUUUAAGAAGGAAAACAAAACAAAAAUAGAUUUGUUCAGUUCUGCCUGUGAAAAGUAAGGGGAAAGGGUCUUAAGAACACAAUAACCAGUGUUUCCAAGGAGGGAGCUACUGCAGUGGCUCCUUUGCAUGGCUGAUUAUGCUGUCCCAUUGCACUGUUGUACAGAAUCCCUGGGAUGGCCUCAGCACAUGGGGGUGACUUUUAUGUCUGGAGACAAAAAAGUUACUAAUGCUUUGCAAAAAGCUCAUUCACGGUCUGUUUUUCUUGGGUCUUUUAAAAAUGAAACUGGAAGAGAGAUUUAGGCAUGAGAAAAUAAGUUAUUUUUUUAUAAAGGAAGAGGCAAACAUCUAUUGUAGCAAGAUAUCUGUCUGUGUUAGAGUAUAUUUAACAUCCAAGUUAGUUACAAAACUUACUUUGCAACUCAGUCGGUUGGCCCCAUGAGAUGGUAAUUACUCUUUAUCUACGAAAAAAGAGAUAUUUUGUAGUUCUUUGGGAAUAAUGGAAUACUUGAUGAAUUAAAUGUAUGAUUUAAUUAAGCUGAUACUUUGCUGAUAUUAAUAUAAGGGUAGCUGAAUAGGAGAAAAUUCAGGAAGAGUACUUAUCAAAAUCUAAAGGAGGAAUUGCAAUUCUUCUAAUAUUUCUCUUAAUCCUACAGUUGCUCAAACUGCACCAUGAGCAGCAUGUUUGGACGGGAGGAGGCAAAUUAAUUUGAUCUUGUUAAAUACAACCAUUGGUGUUUUAAAGGGUCAUUCUCUACUCCACCAGUCCUGCAGCAAAAAUCUUUACCAGAGCAUCAAAAAUGUGCUCUAUUUAGGAUGUGUUAUAAAGUCUGAUCAGCUUUGAAACUCUUUAUGAUGAGAGGAUGGAAGACAUUUUUCAAAGGCUUGUUAGUAUUGUUAUAAUAGCUAUAUAUGUGAAAACAAAGAGGCUGAAGAUGCAAUUCCUGUUUGGAGAGAAGGAAGUUGGGAGGAGACAGCUGAGAAGGUUAUCCCUGUUUGGGACAAGUGCAUGUAUACACACAUACACACAGAUGCUACUACUAAGGGGAAGUGCACUUCAAAAUAAAAAUACCUUGGUCCCAUAAACUUAUGCUGAGGUACUAAAUGCAAUAAAGAAUUGGCAUAUUAAUAAGGCUGUUAGUUAAUGUGUUUUGACAUGGAAAUUCCUUCAGCACUUCUGCUUUUAUUGCCAGCAGUCCUGAAAAAAAGAAGGAUUUUAUUACAGUUAAUUAGCAAGCUCACUGUAUGCUUUCUAGAUGACUUGAGUGGAUAAACUUUCUCAUCUCAGAUUUACAUGCAGUAAAAUACAUGCAGUUAUCUUUAUAAUAAAAAAAUUAGUGCUAUUUAAGGGAAACUCUGCAGUAAAUCCAAUUUUGAAGCUUUCGUUUGAUUAUCUCUAUAAAUUAUAUUUCACUUCAUGCUAUUUAAAAUUACCCUUCUGUAGUGUUUGGUUUUAUUCUUUGUUUCAGAAUAUGUCUGUUGUCUUUCAGUUCAUGUUUUAUGGGCCCAUAGAAUAUGGCCACAUCCAGGGCCAGGCCUGGCCAUGAGAGUGGGUGGAAGAGGGAGGAAGCAGUUCUAAACCUGCCCUCUUUUAGUUGAUAGCCAUUCCCCCUUGUCCUUUCACUACAUGCCCUUGUCAAAAGUCCCUCUCCAGCUCUCUUGUAGCCCCCUUUAGGUACUGGAAGACUGCUAUAAUGUCUGCCCGGAGCCUUCUCUUCUCCAGGCUAAACAACCCCAGCUCUCUCAGCCUCUCUUCAUAGGAGAGGUGCUCCAGCCAUCUGAGCAUCUUUGUGUCCCUCCUCUGGACUCACUCCCACAGGUCCACAUCCUUACCAUGCUGAGUCCCCAGAGCUGGAUGCAGUACUGCAGGUGGGAUAUGAUGAGAGUGGAGUAGAGGGGAAGUGUUACUGGUAGAUUCUGAGAGAAAGAGAGAAGAAGCAAGUGAACUCUUUUUUAAAUUUUCAGUUCAGAAGGAAAGGUUUUGGGAUUUGCCUUUAAUAACGCUUCAUUGCAUAGCAUAUUUGACCUGACAGUGUCUCUCUAAAUUGUAAAAAUUCAGAGCAAAAUUUUCCCCCGGCCAUGCAACUCUCACCUACUUUGUUGCCCAUUGCUACCCCAGGGAAAUCAAAGCAGCAGCUGUGCUUUUCCAUGUCUCACAAGGACUUGCAGUGUUAUUUUCAUGCUCAGAAAUUCAACAAACAUUCUUCUUUUACAUCCGUGCAAUUUGCAGAGCUGCCUAAUAUGCAUUUAUUUUUAAUUGAUGAAAUGCUUAAGAGUAACAUGGCUUUGUCUAGCUAACAGCAGCAGCAGUGACUGCUCUCAUUGCAAUGCAUGCACCAGCACUGCUUGUCACUCAUUCCCUCUUAAACUGCCACUCACGCCCUCUGAAAGUGUGUUAAGGUAUUUUUCGAAAUCUCUUCCCACAGUUUAUUAAGGCACUUCUGCACUUAUCAGUUUUUUUAUGGAAAGGCAGUGUUUUGGUGAAUGAAUAGAGCUGCUGGUUGGAGCAGGUCCUGACCUAUUGCUAAUGCUUUAAUAGCAUUAACCACAUCAGCAGUAGUGAUUUUAAUUGCCUCUUAUAAUGCAGAUUUUGAUCUAAUUCUGUUUCUGUAUGUAAUGUGUUUAUACCCACUAGCCAGUUGGUAACAGUACACGGUCAUCUGGGAUUAUUAUUUACCUGAGGUGCAAAAAAACCCCACAAAAACCACCAGAAAAAGCAGGAAGCCCAAGCAGAUGUGACUUUAGUCGGAGUGAAGCAUGUUCCACAUUUACAGACUUAAACAGCUUCAUGUGACUGUAUAAAAGCAAUAGGUUUUAUCUUGCACAUGAAGUGCAAGGAGGGUUAGGAGGGAUGCCUAAUCUUUGACGCCAGCAGUCCAUUUCCUUUUUUCACUUCUUUCCUUUACCAACAUUAGGUGUCAAGCGUGAUUGUGAAUGUCAUGCUAGAGCCUGUCCUGAUAGAUAAGGAUAGAUAGAUAAUGUGCUAGAGUUAGCCUGAUAAAAUUAAGACUAAUCCCAAUGGCUGAUCAAGUAUACUGAAGUAAUAUUUGAGUAAACACACGUACGGCAGAAGAUACAGGUACUGUAUUAUAUGUGCAAAAUCAAACCAAGAGAAGGACCUGAUGCCUCGUUGAGAGUAUGGCUAAGAGAUACAAGGAUACCAGAAGUCUUCUUAUCUAUACAGUUAAAAUAUGUCUUAAAAAUUACUACAAAACAAGUAUUAAAAUAAUUUUUACAGUUUAAAACCCAAGCUAUUGUGCUAUGUUGGCUAUUGCACAUUAUUAUGUUUAUUAAUAGCACGCCUGUAAAAAUGAGAAUGUACAAGAUAUUUACUGAGAAAUAAAAUAUGUCUUAACCCUGUAUCAAAUCCAGAAAGCCGCUUUGAAAAUAUAAUCAUUGUACAAAACCUCUAAAUUUGAAAAGGUUCAGGGUUUAGUUAAUGCUUUAAGUACUACUGUUUUAGUGAUAAUAAGUAAAGCUCUUCAGUUUGUGUGCUGUAAAAGUAAUGGAAGUUGUUAUUCAGUUCCUUAAUAAUUCUGCUUCUGGGGCAAACAUGUCUGUUUUGACCCCAUCCUUAAAAAAAUACAAAAGAAACCCAAACUAACUUGUAUUUUACCAUUUUCUAUUCUUGUGGGAAUAGAGAGCAAACACACUCUCCUGUCCUUACUACGAGCCUUUUCGAAAAAGAAGGUCAGUGUUUCUCCCUCUCCGUGUGUGUGCUGUGUAGUAGCAGCACUCAACACAUGGAAACAUCUUACACAGUUCAUUAUGUUAGAAGACAUUUUAUCCAAUGUAACCAAUGUAUCCAACUGUACCCCAACAUCACAUGAGGUAAGUUGCGGUCCUUGAUUGGUGCUCUGGGUGUUUUAGUUAUUGAGUGAUAGAUAUUGAUACCUAAAGCAAUUGAGCGUUUUGAAAUAGUACAGUGAAGUCAAGACCCUUCUGUGUCUGUUGAAUUAAAAUGCCUCCCACACCCUACGGCACUGUGCUAUUAGGGAUAUUUUUUCCAAAAGACAAUUCAUGGUGUAGGUGUUUGAUGUGACCAUGCUCUGCUGAAAAUGCAGGUGAUCGCUCACUCAAGAAUGUGUGAUUGUUUACAACAAUUUGUAGCAAACAGAUUCCCCUAGAAAAAAAUACACUUGCAAGGCAAACCAUUCAGCUGAAGGACUUCAUCAUCUUGGAGACAGGUUUUGUACCAUCAAACUAAACAGGUAAAAAAUUGCCUAACUCAGAAGUACUUUUGUUGUUGAAAUUGUGACAAUGUUAACAGUAUCGUUACUGAAUAAAAUGUUUUAAAGUCAA